AUGAAGGUGUCGACAACUACUGCUCCCUUUUCACUAGGCUACCUCCAAUACGCCAAUGCUAUCUGCAACUCGGGCGAGGUUGGCAUCGGCCGCAAGCAAGAGUACGAAUGGCAAGGGCAAAACAACGUUUUGGUGAACGACCAAUGGGCGACCCUUGCAGCGCUUGGACCAAGCUACGGCAGCCGCAAUGGAAUCAACAGCUGUGAUAGCAGCGGCAUGCCUGGCUUUGUAUGGACCAAUGGCGCCAACUUUCACAACUGCUAUGGUGUUUCCGAGUCAUGCGCUACUGGACCUUUUCUCUAUGAGCCUAUUUACUGGUGCUGCCAAAGCUGGUAA